AUUCAAGAAUUUUUAAUUGAUAAUAAUCUAUUAAAUUUCUUGAUCCAAAUCUGCCACAAGGAUUACGACAUGAUGGGAAUUGGAAGGCGACAACAUGUGGCCCACUUUCGAAGAUUUUAAGAAUUCACUAGAGAGUUGGCUCGAAAAGUAUUAUACUAACUAUAUUAAGGAAUUGGAACAACGAGAAUGGACCAAUAAUUUUUCCGUAAAACAUCAUGCUAUGGUGGAAAGUGAUGAUAAGCUUAAAGAAGUUGUGUUGAAAAUUCUUGAUACGUUGAAAACGUUUGAAAAUGCAAUAAUCACCACUUUUGAACGUCAAAGUAUAGCAAGUUCAGAUAGAAAGGGCGAUGGACGAGGAAGACGACCAGAUAUAAUGCUUGUAACAAAUGAAAGUUCGAGAAAGUCAAAACCUGAAAAGGGUCAAUUUGGAAUUGUAGGAGUGCAAGUAGCAGGACCAAAGCUAUAUUUGAAUGUUCUGAUCAGAGAUGAUGUUGAAGUGCAUCGUUAUUACAAAUUGUGUGAAUCUACAAUUCCGAUUAAUUAUUCAAAUGAUCCUUCUAUUCUGGCUGAGUUUAUUAAAACUUUGUUAAUUUUACAAAAUAUUAUAAUUGUUAACAUGUACAUAUUGUGUAGUACUUCCUUACGUAGAAACUUAGAAGAUAGUUCAACGGUAACAUCUGAUUAAGUUAAAAUA